AAACCGUCUCACUUCCUUGAAAAUUCGUUUCGAUUGCGAGGAGCGAUCCCUUGCCCUGCGCACAAGUUUCAUCCUCUUCUUCUUCCCACUCUACCCUAAAAUUCUCUAAAGUCCUUUUCUCUUUUCAUUAUUAAUCUCAGCAAAAAAACAAAUUAGGUUUUUCAGAAUUCAAAAAGCAGAGACUCGAGAGGUAUGGUCAAAUCAUCGUCGGACCGUGUUGAUUCUUCUUCGUCUCCUUCAGUGGCUCCGUUCCUGAGGAAAUGCUACGAGAUGGUCGACGAUUCCUCAACCGAUUCCAUCAUCUCGUGGAGUAGUAAUGGAGACAACAGCUUCGUUAUCUCGGACACCACCCUCUUCUCUACUCACCUCUUGCCCAAAUACUUCAAACACAGCAACCUCUCUAGCUUCAUCCGUCAGCUCAAUAUCUACGGAUUUAGAAAAGUUGAUGCAGAUCGUUGGGAGUUUGCUAAUGAUGGGUUUGUGAGAGGACAAAAGGAGUUGUUAAAGAAUGUUAUCAGGAGGAAGAAUGUUCAGAGUAGUACUAGUAGUGAGCAGCAGCAUCAGAGAAAGACUUGUACAGCUGAUGCUGAUGAUGCUUGUCAGGAGAAAGAGUGUAGUGGGGAGAGUGAGCUGUGGAAAGAAGUUGAUGUCUUGAAAGGGGAUAAGAAGGCAUUGGCGCAGGAGCUGGUGAAAGUUAGGCAGUACCAGGAGAGCACAGACGCUAAGAUGCUGCACUUGGAAGACAGGGUUCAAGGGAUGGAAGAGAGUCAGCAAGAGAUGCUUUCGUUUUUGGUUAUGGUUAUGCAGAACCCGAGUCUGUUGGUUCAGUUGCUUCAGCCUAAGGAAAACAGUUGGCGAAAGACGGAAGGAGGAGGAGGAGGAGGGGCGAAGAUUUUGGAAGAAGUUACCGAUGAAGGAGAAACAACAAACUCGAAGGGUCUUCCUUUAGUAACGUACCAGAAGACACCAUCAGAGGGAACAGCAGCAAAAUCGAGCUCCAACGAGGUUAAUGAUUUCUUGAGAAAUGCGGAUAUGUUGAAGUUCUGCUUGGAUGAGAAUCGUGUGCCGUUGAUCAUACCUGAUCUGUAUGAUGAUGGGGCUUGGGAAAAGCUUUUGCUGUUGAGCCCUUCAAAGAAGAAGAAGAAUAAGAUGCAGGAGAAGAAUGAUGUGACACUGGAGGAGGAGGAGGAUGAAGAUGGAAGAAUGGAACUAGACAAGAGUCUAGCGCUGGAGCUGAUAGAAGAAGAAAUGGAGAAAGCAGAUGACUUUGAUUUUGAUAUUGGACAGCUUACUCCAGAGAGGUCUAGGAAUCUUGAGAUUCUUACACAGCAUAUGAGAUUACUGGCUUCAGAUCAGUAAGUAGCCAGAGAAUGAGUUUUUGAACUUUUGUUAUUAUAUAUAAUGAAACAACAAAGUUAGGCUCUGGAAUAUUAUUUUCACCGGAGCUAUUCUUACAGCAUCUUACUAAAUAUUAAAAAGUUUUAGAAA